AUGCCUAGAUCAGAAUCUCAAAACUUCAACACACCUCUUGUUAAACGCAGGCCCACAUUAACUGUGCAAUGGCGAAUUCCUCUAGAAGAUCUAGCGGACCAGUUCUAUCAGUCGCGUCGGCGUUGCAACCUUUAUUCUCACAGUCCCGGGGUUUUUACAUUUCCUCUUCGUUGGAGUCGUCUUCGUUUGCUUAAUCGACAAGCUCUAACAGUUCAUCUACAUCCUCUGAUAUCGGUCUCUCCUCGCCGUUCAAUGGCGGCGGACCAGGUGCUCCGAAAGAAGAAUGGCCAACCGUUCACGAAUCUGCCGAAGAAUACGUGUAUGUGCUCGCCGACGACGCAUACUGGUUCGUUUCGGUGUAGUUUGCACAAGAACUGUAACAACACCCAGUCAGUUUCGUACUCGCCGAAUAGAUUGGACGCCUUGAGAUCUGCGAUGAAGAAUUCCUUAGUUCGGAUCGGUACUGUUGAAGGCGACUGGGUGAAGAGAGCUUUAGCGGCUCUGAUUCGGCCGUCGUCACAUCAGCAGAGACGCCGAGCAUCUUUUCAGCCGAGGCCAAGUCGGCUUUCUAUGAUGUCCAAAGCCGACGAUCUGUGAAUCGUUAAUCCAUUUGUUUGAGGUUUGUCCUUUUGAUUUCUGUAACAGUUUCUCCUCAGGAGUUUCUGGCGGAAGGAGAAAUUAUACACCGGCGACGACGUCAUAUUCAAGCUAUUAAAUGUCAGAUUGCGGCGAGAUUGGUGACGUUUUUUAUUUCCGGCAAGUCGAAACCCUAGCAAGCAAUUUGAGACACAGGACGAUGGAGUACCUUGUUUGUAUGUGAUUUGAAGCAAUUGGAUUUCAGAUUGAGGGAGUUAUUGGACAUUUUGUGCACUCGUGUAAGCCUAAAACAAACUAAAAUCCGGACUAAAAUUCAAUUAAAGUGGUGAUUGGAAUUAAACACGGCUCAAAUUCAUUUAAAUUCAAGUGGAUUGGGUAUUUUGUGGAAUAGUAUGACUAGUUCCAUUCGUCUCUUCCCAGCUUCGAAAUAUCUGUAACAUGUGCCGUUAAGUUCUCCGUCACGUAUUGACCUUUUUCCGUUCACCGUUAUUUUUGA